UGGGUAAAGGGCCAGCCAUGAUGGCUGAAAACAGCAUGCCGAUGCGCUAUGCGUCAUCAAGUCUUUAAGAUCGUUGAAGUCAUGUUACACAUAUGUCAACAGGAUUGGUAGAAUCCAUGUGGCAUUGGUUUCGCAUAGGGACUCCUACAGCUUCACUGCCUCUGUCUUUGUUGGUAUACCGGCCAUCUCGAAUUAUAAGGGCGCGAGUUGUCCACGAUCUAGCAAUCCAGCUUCCCUUCCAACCCUCUCGUGCUGGUCUUCUCGGAAAUUCAGAAGAGGUCAAUCAUUCAGCUGAAGACUGUGUGAAGUGCACUGCGGUCUCGUCGUUAAAGCCCAUUCAGAAUGCGUUUCAUUUACGUGUUUGUCGUCUUUGCGGCGACCUCUCUGUCCUCCGCGUCGCCGUCGCUUCAGAUGGAGCGUUCCCAGCCCAACAGCAUGGCUGGUCACUUCCCAGAUCUUGGUCUGUCCCCGUCUACCCGUCUAGUGCUGAUACCGUUGCUAACGCUCUUUGUAACAGAUGCCAUGGGUGUAUGCCCACCCCCAAGGAAGUGCUACUACGCUGGCACGGCGCCGACAUGCGACGAUGGCUGCAAGAGGGGAGAGACCCGCUGUAUGCUUUCAAAGACCGGCUGUGGUAGCAAAUGCAAGCAGGGCUGGAAAGUGCUGUGCUGUGAGGGAGAGUGCCCUGGUUGAUCAACUGGGAGGAAUUUUCCGUGGGCUGUGAUGACAGUUGAGGUUGUGUUUGUUGGCUUUCUUACCUUACUUGAUGCGGUCGAUGCGAUGGAGAGCUUAACACAUGUUUGUCAUUCCUUAUGUUUUGACGUCUUUCUGUAUGUUCCUUUGGCUACCGAGUUAUCUUCUGCAAAGAAAUUGAGAACCAAAUAUUGUGUUCAUCAGAGGAUUGUGUUUCCAGUCGAGACUAAAGAGACAUACAGUCUCUACCGUUCUCAACCUCUCGCCGUGGUUUGAAGCAGAAAGCAGCCACAAGAAUAUAACCAUGGCCAAAAAUAGAUAUCCCACCUGCUCUAAUACUC